CUCUUGGCUCCGCCCCUGGCUGGAGGGCGGUGAAAACUGACAAAGUUCCUGGACGGAUCAGCGGAACACGGGCUGUUCCGUGUUUCGCGGGGUCCAGCUGGCUGUGAAGGCUCUCGGCUGUAGCUACGCGGCUCUGCUCGGCGGAAGCUGCGGGUUCAUAAAACUUGAAAAGACCCCGCCCACCGGACAGCCAGCCAGGCGUCUGUUUACGAAAAAGUCACGGGAGCAGCGUGGAGACAUGUCACACGGUGGUGUCCACGCAGGAGGAGGAACCAGGAGUCAAAUUCACCCGGACAGCCAGCUGUGAGUCUCACCAUGGAGCCGCUCACCUCGCGCAGGAUAAUGUGACAUUUCGGCUGCUGCCUUUCUGGACUCGGACACCCUGGAAGUCAAUUAUAUGUGGAUUUUGAGGAAUCGCCACGCGAGUUAAAAUGACGAGGCGUAAAAGACACAACCUACCGAAUUGUUGCGCCUAAAAAACACCACAAAACCUUAGGUUUGGAGCACGCAGUUUUCUCUCUCUCUCCCUUUCCCUUCCCCUCCAGGCGGGUUGGACACGAGCAGGAACCACAGGGAGGAUUAAAAAAAUAAAUAAAAAAAGAGGCAGAGAGAGAGAGAGGCGACAUGGAGAGCCCGACCGAGAACCCGACCAGGGCUGCGGAAUAUCUGAAAGAGCUGAACAAGAUCAUAGAGACCCAGCAGGAGCUGCUGGAGCGGCAGAGGGGCCGGAUAGAGGAGCUGGAGCAGCAAGUGUCCGACUUGUGCGCAGAGAACGGCUGCCUGAAGGAUCAGUACCAGCGGCACCUGGCAACCUGCAGGCUGCUGGCGCUGGGAGCCAUCAAGGAGCACGGCACGCAGGAAAAGUUGGAGUGUGACCCCUGCAGAAUGGUCAGGAGACACGCGUCCCUGCCGAUCGAGGCCACGGAGAACUUGGGGAGGUUGGUGUCUGAAGGUUGCAGGAGAGUCGUCCCCUGCCGCAGGUGGAAUUCUGCCUCUUUUGG